UCCCGUGACUCUCGCCAUAGAAAACAAAGCUGAACGUCUUCCAUAACAGCUAGGGGUGCAGACUUGAGGAAUAUCCGAAUUUAGCCUGGAUACAUUAUGCUGAAUAUGGAUUUACAGGGGGUGUAGCAUCGUUGGAGACCAAGCCUUCUCGGCUGGGGUGACGGCAGGACAUUAGCGAAACCGACGAAAAUAACAUCAGUAUUUUUUUUUCUCGGGUUGCUUUGUCUUGUCCACCUAACGAUAGCAAACCAUCAUUCCCAUUUCAAUUGCAACACAUUCAGCUAGUGAUUACUAGCUGCUGCCGGGACGUAUCACCAUGUUGUCACCUAAAAGUAACUGCUAGGACGUCGGAUUGUGAAGGAUAAGCAGAAACCCUAUCUUACGGGUGUCACCGGGACCUGAACCUGUGUUAACCACAGCCGCGGAACCCACUGUUUUCGGCGAUAUGGCGGAGCAGGGCUACACAUCUUGGGCGUACUCCCUAGUUGACUCCAGCCAGGUGUCCACCUUCCUCAUCUCCAUCCUUCUCAUCGUCUAUGGCAGCUUCAGAUCAUUAAACAUGGACUGCGAAAACCAGGAGAAGGAUAAAGAUGGUAACCCCACGACAACAGGGGCUUUCAAUAACAGCAACACAAACAACAGUGCGUGUUACAGACAUGGUAUUCAGACUAUAGACUCCACACAGGCCCUGUUCCUGCCCAUAGGAGCCUCUGUGUCUCUGCUAGUCAUGUUCUUCUUCUUUGACUCUGUACAGGUGGUCUUCACCAUCUGUACUGCAGUUCUUGCAACAAUUGCAUUUGCAUUCCUCUUGUUGCCAAUGUGCCAGUAUCUGACCAGACCCUGCUCCCCACAGAACAAGAUUUCUUUUGGCUGCUGUGGGCGUUUCACUCUGGCCGAGCUCCUGUCCUUCUCCCUCUCUGUUAUGUUGGUGCUCAUCUGGGUGCUGACUGGACACUGGCUUCUCAUGGACGCUUUAGCCAUGGGCUUGUGUGUUGCCAUGAUCGCCUUCGUACGGCUUCCCAGUCUGAAGGUGUCUUGCCUGCUGCUGUCAGGAUUGCUCAUUUAUGAUGUGUUCUGGGUGUUCUUCUCAGCCUACAUCUUCAAUAGUAAUGUGAUGGUCAAAGUUGCCACCCAGCCUGCUGAAAAUCCCAUAGACGUUCUGUCCAGGAAGCUCCACCUGGGGCCGGGGAUGGGCCGCGACGUCCCCCGUCUCUCCUUACCUGGCAAACUGGUCUUUCCCAGCUCCACAGGAAGUCACUUCUCUAUGCUGGGAAUAGGUGACAUUGUGAUGCCGGGGCUGCUGUUAUGCUUCGUUCUGCGCUAUGACAACUACAAGAAGCAAGCAAAUGGGGAAGUCCCAGGACCUGGUAACAUGUCCGGACGCAUGCAGCGCGUCUCCUAUUUCCACUGCACUCUCAUCGGAUACUUUGUGGGUCUGCUUACUGCCACUGUGGCCUCCAGGAUCCAUCGUGCUGCUCAGCCCGCUCUGCUCUACUUGGUGCCCUUCACCCUGCUGCCUCUGCUCACUAUGGCCUACCUGAAGGGGGAUUUGCGGCGUAUGUGGUCCGAGCCCUUCCAUACCAAGACCAGCAGCUCUCGCUUCCUGGAGGUAUGAUGCACUCUGGGAUAAACGACCAGCGCGGGGAGGACUGCGGAUCCUUUACCUUAAUUAGAGGGAAGGAGAGAGGGCGCACUCACAGUGAGGCCAUGUUGUCAUCACUUGUUCAUGCUUUCCGCCAAUCUUCUGUGAAAACCCUCAAAAGGACACCAGUGUGUGGAUCACAACGCCCCAACACGACUCAUCCUUGGUCCCUACGUCCUGCCCGUUUCAUCUCCGCUUCCUCUUUUUCUGUUUAUUUCCUCUUCAUUAUAGCACAUCCUGCCUAUGCUGUUUUUUCUGGCCCCCUCCCCCUCUCUUUUUUUCCCCUUUCCCGUCUUUUAUAGUUGGUCUCACUUGCCACUUCCCAUUCCAUUUGUCAGGCCUCUCUGCAUUUCCGUAUUUUUAUCUGCGUCUUUUAAUUUUCUCUGCAUCUCUGUCACCCACUCGGAUGAACUCGAGGGCCAGGCCUCCCCCCUUUUUGUGGACUUAGGGUUGCGAGACAUGUCUGGGGUUUAUAUAUAUUUUUUUAGCAUUGUCGUGGUCAUUAUUAUUAUUAUUAUUAAUAUUAUUAUGGGCCGAUUUAAACAAACUGAGAAGAGGCGGGGUGUUGCAGUGGCACAGGACAGUGCUCGGGAGCAGCGACACAAUAAAGGAGAAGAGUCUUCCCCCUCCAUCCGUCUCCCUCUUUCUCCCCUGCUUUCUUCAUUUGUCCCAUCACCCCACCACAGUAGCGUCUUCCCUGCGCUCCCGCCCUCCUCUCUGAUCAUCUGCUGUCCCCAUUCCCUGCCCUCACAGAUAACUAUGUAUUUUAUUUAGAAAAGUUUUAUUCUUGGCAUAUACAGAAAUGAUGCAUUAUAAAUUGUUAAGCUGCCCCCAGCGUUUGAGGGGCUGCUUCUAUUUGUAUAUAUGUGCAUUUGCGGUAUCUUAAGUUUGUAUUUGUGUUCGGGAGCAUGUUGAAUAGGGUGGGAAACUGACGCCAGCAGCCAAAUUUUGGUAAAUUUCAGUUGUGUUUAGACAACUGGUCAGCAUCACUUGUUUAGAGAUUGUUUUCUAAAGUUUGUUGGCUUGUGUAAUAGAAACUUAACUGAUGAAUUGUCUUGGUAGGGGUGGGAGGGGGGACAAAUACAAAACAUCUGCAUCUGUGGCUGGUUGAGAAAAAGGUUAGUUUCCUGCUCUUGUGUGUGUGUGUGUGUUGUGUGUGUGUGUGUGUGAAGGGGGGGUGCGCGAAGCGAAACAGUUGCGUGAACGGUUGUUUUACUUGGUUUUAAUUUGAAAUCAUGAAUAUGUUUAAAACAGUGACAAUAGUCAGGUUUCCAUAGAGCUGGGCGUGUUGGAUCAAACUUUCAUAAACACAUGACACGUGUAAUAGAAACAGUUUGUGUCUAACUUGUAAAACAAAAUUGAUAGAAAACCCAACAGGGGGUCGAUUUUUCUUUUUCAGUCUCCCUGCAGACAGGUGGAAAUGUAUACAGUGUUUUUGUCAAAUAAAUGAAUGUUGAAUUAAUUUUAAGGUAUGCAAUGUUACUUUUCAUCAUGAAACCACAUCAUACAUCCUGCUGGGUUCUGUACUGAAUUUCCCCUUGUGCACAUCCUAAAUUUACUCAUAUUUAUAGAAACUCUUAAAACGUCUUAUUUCAGCUUUCACAAGUCUGUAAAUGUCUGAGCAUAAUGAAGUGAGAUCAGUUUUUAUAUGUUCUGACCAAAAGUCAGUGGAUCAGCACAUCUCAUCUGAACUUUGUAAAUGUGAACGUCAGUGUUUCACCACAGUCGAUGAAGACCUGACUAUUGUGAAAGUUUGGACUCAAAGCCUGGAGAUGAGGGUCAGUGGGAUAUGAAGACGUACUGUGGUUAGAUUCAUACGUAGCUAUAGAUGAAGUUUCUCUGAGUGAAUGGUUAAGUGUGCGUGUGUGUGUGUGUCUUACAAAAAUAACAUCAUGAAGUCUGUUUGGACCUAGGGAGAGGAGAAAAUCAGUUAUGCCCUUCACAAAUUGAAAUGGAUAUUUAGGAAUUAAAGCUAACCCAUAGGAUGUUUUUGCUGUCACCAUUUGGUCCCUGAGAGUCUAUUUUUUUUCUCUCUCUCUCUCUCUCUCUCUCUUUUUGUCCUUCCACUUUUUUUGUGGUGCUUGUCGUUAAUAUCUAAUGUAUACUGGAAAAAGUGUGAGUGAGUUGGAGAGAUGUACUGACGACGCAGUUUGCUGGCUUUUUGUUUGUUUUUUUAAAACUUUUUUUAUGCUAUCUGGCCGUGCAUGUUAACUGUACAGUGUAUUAUUUCUCGGACUGCGUAAACAGGGCUACUGCAGUUUUGAGUCUCUGCCGGCCGACACCGAGGCACUGGACCUAUGAGCUCGCCUAGAGCAGCGUCAGUGGGAGGGACAAAGGCUGCAGGUCAGAAAGACUGCAAUUGAUCAGCUCUGAUCUCCUCUGACUGAUAUUUUGACCGAAACGCUGCGAGCUUGGGAUGUCCGACCUACCGCUCAGUGCAGUCGUCUAAACUUGGACGUGAUGGAAUCAGAAACCCCCUUCACCUGUUCGUGGACAUGGCAAGAAAAUAUAUAGAUUUAUAUACAUAUAUAUACAUAUAUGUGUGUAUAUACAUACAUAAAUAAUUGAUGACGAUCAUGGUGAAAACAAUUAAAAAUGUUACUUUUGUUUUUAUAGAAAAAUGGAUUUCUUUUUACCCUCUUGUUUCUCCCCACCCCACCCCCCACCCCCCUUUAGUGCUUUAGUUUUUUUUUUAUAUUAUUCCUUCUUUCCACCUCUUCUCCCCUCCAGCAGAGGACUCCAGUUCUGCUGGUGUAUUGAUAUUACGGCUGAAUGGAUUCUGUAUAGAAAAAUGGUGAAAUAAAUAAAUUAAGAACUGUGUAGUGAAACAUGAAUCCUGAAGCUUGAUCUAAAACACUUUGUCUCCUUUUAACCCCUCCCUCUGCCCUUUCCCCUUCUUUCCCUUAUUCAGGAUUCUGCUGUAAAUAAACAUGACUCUAACUGUAA